GGGACUGUGUCGCAUUGUGGAGGUUCCCAAGCACUAGACCUGCUGCUCGCUUGAAGGGGGUCAGAAGAAGGAGAAGAUCCGGGGGAGGAGCGCGGUGAUCCAGACGGACUGCAGCCGGCAUUUGAAGCGACCUCACCUGCAACACGGCGGGACCUCCAUCCGCCUGCCUCACGUCGUUGAACCCGGGAUUGUAAACGGCGGGAUGGAGCGUUCAAGGCGCAUGGGAGUGUUCACACUCCGGCUAUUCUCCCUCCUCUGGUGCGCGCCAAGUGGGGUUUGGAGCUUCAACCUUUACGCAGAGCAUCCCACGGUGUACCGCGGACCCAGUGGGAGUUAUUUCGGUUAUUCCGUUGACUUCUACCAGGCCAGCACCGACAGCAACAAGUUCAGCGUGUUGGUAGGUGCUCCCAAGGCCAACACCUCCCAACCUGGCAUUGUGGAGGCCGGGUCCGUCUACUACUGCCCUUGGCCGGGCCUGCCUGACAGCUGCAGACAAAUACCCUUUGACAAUGCCAAUAACCGCAUGAUAAAGGUAAAUGGCAGCAGAGAACCUUUGGAGUUUAAAUCCCAUCAGUGGUUUGGAGCAUCUGUCAGGACACACAAAGGCAAAGUGGUGGCGUGCGCUCCUCUCUACCACUGGCGUACGGUGAAGCUGAGCGGGGAAAUGGAUCCCGUGGGUACCUGUUACGUGGCCGUCCAGAACUUCAGUGCCUACGCAGAAUACUCGCCAUGUCGGACCAAUGACCCGGACCCAGAGGGGCAAGGGUUCUGCCAGGCGGGCUUCAGUGUGGAUUUCACGAAGGAAGGAAGGCUGGUGGUAGGAGGCCCUGGAAGCUUUUACUGGCAAGGGCAGGUGAUGACAGCAGGCGUAGCGGAGAUACUGAAUGGCUACUCUUUGAAAGCUGUGCUGAGACGAGUUCCCGGAGAGAAACACACCACCGCCGCUGAAGACACACACGAUGACAGUUACCUCGGUUACUCUGUAGCAGUGGGGGAGUUCACCGGUGAUUCGGAACAAGAGCUCCUCGCCGGAGUACCAAGAGGAGCACAAAACUUUGGAUACGUUGUGAUGAUCAACUCCACCAACCUGACCUUCAUCCAGAAUUUCACGGGAGAACAGAUGGCCUCUUAUUUUGGCUACUCAGUGGCUGUAACCGACCUGAACGGAGAUGGGAUGGAUGAUGUUCUGGUCGGAGCACCCCUCUACAUGGAGAGGGAAAUGGAGAGCAAACCCAAAGAAGUUGGGAGGGUCUACUUGUACCUGCAGAAAGCCCCGCUUACCUUCUAUAAACCCGUCGCCCUCACUGGCACGUACACUUUUGGCCGCUUCGGCACAGCCAUAGCACCGCUGGGAGACGUCAACAACGACGGAUACAACGGUAAGAAACGAUACAUAGGAUAUCCCGCCCCCGCUGGCCCCCGGCCAGGUUACGGCUUCACCCUGCGAGGAGGCCAGGACCUGGACCGCAACCAGUACCCUGACUUGAUCGUGGGGUCAUUCGGUGCCGGAGAAGUGUCUGUGUACAGGGCUCAAGCUGUUGUGUCUGUGGAUGCGGCAAUGAUCCUGACCCCCAGGAUCCUGAAUCCUGAUGACAGACAGUGUCAUCUGCUGCUCACCGAUGCCAUGGUGACCUGCCUGAAGGUGGACGUAUGUGCGGAAGUGAGCGGAGUGGGCAUCCCCAGCUCUGUGGACCUGAAAGCAGAGCUGCAUUUGGAUUGGUUGAAAGGUGUCCGAGGGGGUGUGAAGCGAGUUCUCUUCUUGGAUAACCAGCAGCCUCAGGUCACUGGACUCCUAACGCUGGGCCACGACCAUCCACAGGCUUGCCUAAGUUACACCAUUUACUUGAGAGAGGAAGAUGAGUUCCGCGAUAAAUUGAGUCCCAUCUCAUUGGCACUGAACUACAGCUUGGCUCCUCCCUCUCACGGCCAGAUGCUCCCACCGGUCCUCAACUACUACAGUAGCACCUUCCUACAAGAGCAUGCCUACAUUCUCCUGGACUGCGGUGAUGACAAUAUUUGCAUCCCAGACCUUCAGCUGACUGCCAGCAUGGACCGCUCUGAACUGGUGAUCGGAGAUGACAAUUUGGUGAUGUUGACCAUCACCGCGGCGAACCCAGGCGAGGGAGCCUACGAAACGGAGCUCCAUGUACUGAUCCCACCCGAGGCUGACUACAUUGGUGUGGAGAGAAGAGUCGAGUCUCUGGCUCAGCUGAACUGCGAAUACAAGAUGGUGAAUGACUCCAGGCUGGUCGUGUGUGACCUGGGCAACCCCAUGGUGGCCCAAACCGAGCUGUCUGUUGGUUUGCGGUUUGCAGUCCAAAGGCUCGAAGACGCUGGACCAAAAAUUAGCUUUGAGCUACAGAUCCACAGCUCCAACAAAGACAGCCCUGAUAGCAAUCCAGUCAGCCUGAAUCUGGCCAUCGUCGCCAAAUCCCAGAUUGAUUUACGAGGAGUGUCUCAUCCCUCUCAGGUGGUGUUGCCAUUUCCACGCUGGGAGCCCAAAGAGAAGCCUGUCAAGGAAGAUGAUGUGGGCCCACAGGUGACGCACAUCUAUGAGCUCCAUAACUCGGGUCCCAGUAGUAUUCGGGAGGCCGAGGUUGAGGUUGGCUGGCCUUCCCGCUUCCGUGACGAGAACCUGCUGUAUGCGAUGGAGAUUAGAACCGAUGGACCAAUAAGCUGUCGGACGAAUAGCAGCCUCAAUCCGCUUGGACUGCAGAUAUCAUCCCUUCAAGAUACUCCUGAACUUCUUGGCUUCUUGAGGAACACCAGCGCACCUCUUCGCCGCCACAAGCGAGCCGCCAGCACCGCCCAAAGUCACGGCGGUAAAAUCCUGAACUGCACUAACAUCUCCUGCCUGAGAAUCACGUGCGUCGUGGGCCGCUUGAAUCGCGGCCAGAGCGCAGUCGUUAAAGUCCGCUCAAGACUGUGGGCUCAUACGUUCUUGCAGCGGCGUAAUGACCCCUACGUUCUCAACUCUACUGUAACCUUCACGGUCCUGUCCAUGCCUUAUCGGGCCCAGCCCCCCAUCCUGCCUCAACGCACCAUAUCGAUGGGGACACCUGUGUUAUGGGGGACACCAGAUGUGUCCUUUGCUGUUCCACUCUGGGUCAUCAUACUGGCCAUACUGCUUGGGUUGCUCGUGCUCGCCGUGCUAACGCUCGCAAUGUGGAAGUGUGGUUUCUUCGACCGGGCGAGGCCGCCAGCCGGGGACAACAUCUCCGACCAAGAGCAGCUGACGUCAGAUCAAACUGGGGAUGCCUAAAAGACACAUGGACGAGAUCCUCAUAAGGGGGACGUGCACCUUCUGACUGAAUUGUAUUCAAACUGAGAUCUGGAGUUGUUGGACCUGGCAUUUCUCGGCCGCGGGUCUUCCGCAUCUUUUGUCAACGAAUGGGCCUGGGAGGGGUGUCUUGCUUCAGUCUGCAUCAGGCGAGGACCAAAGACGCUCAGCUUUGACAGCACGAAACCAAAGCACACUUCAGUGGAAGACAUUUUUUUGGGGAUUGUUUGUCAGCCGUGACGACGGACCACAAGACAACAGUGUGAAGAAAGUUCUUCACAUUCCCGCCAUAUACACACUUAGGUUGAAUGGGGCAGAGGGAUGGGAUGGGGCACAGAGGGACUUAAUCUGUGUGAAUAUGAGUUUAUACACUCGCUUGCCACAUUAGGUACAACUGCACAAUAAAACGCCACUAAAUAAUUGCUUAUAUUAUUUAUUUAACCUCUAAAUGUACCAAAAAUGAUGAUCCAAAACACUUUCAUAUCAUUUCAGUCAUCCUACAUUACCCUUUAAAAUAAAUGGCAUUUUGAAAAGAAAAAAAAAAUACACCGGAAGUGAGCACGUAACUUCCACGAUCAACGCUGACUAAAUUUAGCCCCGCCCCAACAUACAAAGAUGUUAUUCUCUCAGUCAAGACGUAUCACUUCGACAUACUUCCUUGAAACCAAUUAGUACUUUUUUUUGUUAGCCAGAUAGACAAAGAACAAAAACAUGUAAAAUCUUAUUUUUAAAAUUUGGAUCAAUGUAUUGACAGGUAACUGGUGUCGGAACUGGUUGUAGAUGGCAUUUGAUUGUGCAGCUGUGCCUAAUUUUGCGACCGCUGCUCGUUUGUGUGGACGUUUACCGACAUGUGUGCAAGCAAGCAUCGUGUGCGCGUGUGUAUGUGUGUUACGUCGGGGCUUCUCUUUAUCCAAUGUUUUGUUCUGCGUCACAUGUGUCACACACAUGCAGAUGCGUUAACGUGGAGGCACAAAGCAAACGUGUGUAUUUAUGAAUGUACGUGCAAUAUUUGGAGAUUGCGUGAUACUGAAGCUUGUUUACACUGGCAUUAUUUUAUCAGAGCUUAAUAGUGUAUAUGUAUAUACUGAAGUGAGUCGUGGGUAUAAUAGAUCUUAGUUUUUCAACACAACAAAAGCAUUUGUCUUGACUGGGUUGUGCCGCACCAAAUAAUGUGAGGUGUAAAAUAAGUUAGAAAAAGAACGUUUUCAGAUCGCAUACUGCCUUAUUAACUCAAGUUUUUGCUUUCUCAUUUUGGACCUCACCAACCCUAACGCCUGUAGUGAAAUAAUACAACAUUCAACAUGGUAAACUGAGUCUGUUGACUGUUGUGUGUGAAUUCUGUGCGUAAUAGUUGUAUAGCGUUGUAUGUCGAACACACGCGAAGGGAAUUGUCACAUUCUGCAGCUGCACCCAACAUUUCAAAAUGAAUCUUCUUUCAUGUUUGAGUCAUUUAUUGAGCUAGACCAUAAUGUGCAGUUAAUUCAAAACAGCAUACAUCGUAUGGUUAUUUCCUCGCAUGCGAUUAAAGUACGUGGUGAUAUUUCAAAUGUUACCAUUGAAUUUUGAGAUUCAUCUAAGUUCCAGUUAUCAUGUUUAGUUGGUUUAUAAAUGGGAAAAACAGACGACAGAGAAUAAAUAUG